CCGGCCCCGCCCCGGCAGCGGGGAGCCAGCGCCGCGGCGGGCGGGAAGAUGGCGGCGGCGGGCGGGGGGGGAGCCGUGGUGUCGGUGCUGGCCCCCAGCGGGCGGCGGGUCACGGUGCGGGUGGGGCCCGGCACGGUGCUGCUCCAGAUCCUCGAGGAGGUCUGCAGGAAGCAGGGCGGCAGCCCCGGCGAGUACGGCCUGAAGUUUCAGAGAAGUGUAUUGGAUCUCUCUUUACAGUGGAGAUUUGCCAGACUACCCAACAAUGCCAAGCUGGAGAUGGUGCCAGUCUCUUGCAACAGAGCGGGAAUUGGAAAUACGGUUCGGAUUGCAUUACAGUUAGAUGAUGGCUCCCGUUUGCAAGAUACCUUUCUCUGUCAACAGACUUUGUGGGAACUUCUGAACCAUUUUGCAAAGACCAGGGAGUUUAUGGAACAACACGGUGAAUUCUGUCCAGUCUGUAUUUACAUGCGAGAUGAGAUCUCAGGAAAAGAUGAACUAGAGAAGACAACACUGAAGUCACUUGGUCUGACUGGAGGCAGUGCCAUCAUCAGGGUUGUCAUGAAGAAAUGCAGUUUGUCUGGUCAGGAGGAAGCUGUGGAUGCCAUGACACAGUGUAAUGAGCCAGUGGUGAGGCCAGGCUCUAUCAGAGGAGCAGAGGAUGUGCCCUUACCUCAAAUGCACAUGUUCCCAAAGGACUUGGACCACAGGGAUGUGGCCUUGUCUUUAAACUGCUGCACAGACAAUCAAGGCUUGAUUAGAGAACCUAAUGCCAGUGUGGAGGAGCUGUGUCCUCCCUCAGAGCCCAAGUCUACCCCAUUUGUCCCUUUUUUUGGAGAUGGACAGCGUCUGGGGGACACUUCUGUGGCUACUCCACCUCUUGGGUUAGAUAAGCCAUCUUCAAAGCUGCCAGCAACUUUUUCUAGCCCUGGAGGCCCUUCUGAGCCAAAGAAGUCAAAGAACAGCCAAGAGCUGCAGAAUGAGCAAGAGCAGUUUGUGGAACGAGAGCCACUUUUAUGUCACUUAGACCUGCUAGAACCACUUCCUGCUGGCCUAGAUGACCUUCCUGAUGAUUUUUUUGAAGUCACAGUGGAUGAUGUACGGAAACGUUUGGCACAACUGCAGAGUGAGAGGAAACGCCUGGAAGAAGCUCCACUGCUGACCAGUUCUUUGAGGGAGGCUCAGAUGAAAGAAAAGAUAGAACGUUACCCUAAGGUAGUUUUGAGAGUCCAUUUCCCAGACCGUCAUGUUCUACAAGGGUUCUUCCGACCUAGUGAAACUGUUGGCAUUUUGAGAGACUUCGUAAGAAGCCAUCUUGCAGAUGCAGAUUUACCAUUUUAUUUGUUUAUUGCACCUCCCAGAGUCAUCUUGAAUAAUGAAAGUUUGACACUCUUUGAGGCUAAACUCUUUCCAGCUGCUGUCGUUCAUUUUGGAUCUGAGGAGCGCAGGGAUUGUUACCUGAAAUCAGACCUGCUGAGCUCUGCAGUUUCCCCUUCUGCAGCUGAUUUAUUAGUGUCCAGAUGUUUGUCCAAGUCAUUAGUUCCUUCUGCCUCAUCAUCUUUAGAAUCAACAGUUCCAUCCCUACCUGAACCAGAAGCAGGAAGUGACAAAAAGACUGAUGAGCAACCAGAACCAGCAAGAGUGCAUGGAGCUCCACAAGUGUUGAAAAGGGACCCUGGGAAAAUACCCAAAUGGCUGAAGCUGCCAGGUAGCAUGAAAUUGGAGGAGAGUUCUUCUCCUGCUGAACUCCACAGAAAGGUGGGAAGAGAUGAAGCAUUUUGGGGUGCAAUGAGCAUUCAGCUGUGCCUCUUUCCUGAUGAACUACUUGAGAAUUUGUAAGAAAUUGUUGGUGGCCCAGGAGAGGCCUAAUCUGUAUGAACAUUAGUUAUAAACAGAAAAUCGCUUUUUCAGCUGCCAGUUUCAUCUUUUGGAGGAGUGGAAGGCCUAUUUAUGGGCUUUGUGACUACAGAAUCAAGAUUAGGGGUUAAAUUUAAGAUUUCCUGCAUGCAAAUUAUGUGAAUAGAGCAUCAAGGGGGAGAUAAUUCCUAGAUAAUCUUUCUGAAGGACUUUGCUUCCAUCCAUGUUCUUAAAUUUGAAUCUCCUAGUUCAACCUUCAAAGAUAAGUGGAGUCUGGCUUCCUGAACUCUAGCAGCAAGGUACAAUUAAUUCAGUUUUAUCUAUAGUUUAGUGCUGCCUAGAACAAGACUUCUCUCUGCUUUUUGCUGGCUAGGGUUAGUGCUGCUGGUAAUUCUGGGCGUAGUUGGCUGGAAAGUCACUUCAGAGGAAGCACUUAUACUGCAACAGAUCAAAUAGGCUUUUCCUGUGAACCACUUGGUUUGCUGCACUUGUAUUGUUUUCAUUUACCAGAAUCUUUUUAACGAAGAACACAGGUAUCUAUUAGUAGAAAGCAUGCGGAGUUUGUUUCUGCCACAAGCUCUGUGCUUUAUUUUCACUAUACCUAAUUAACAUCGGUAAUUAUUGGUAUAAUCAGAAAAAAAAAAAAAUCCUGUAAAAGAGUCUCUUCAUGUGAUCUUUGAUCUACAGAUUUCUUCUUUGGUCUGAGUACUUCCACAGCAAAGUAGCUGUUCUCUGCAAUGCAGUUAGUGUACAGAGGGAAGUGCUAGUUCUGAUCUUUGCCUCCUGCAGAUGUUGUAAUGGAAUGGGUAUUACUGUUUAGAACUGUGCUUAUAUUGGAUAUGAACUAUAUAGUGCCACUGUAGCCAUGGUGCUGUAUUUUAUUUGAAGUUUUCUCCAUGGACUGGUGAUUUAUAUUGGACGAACUGGGGUUCCUUGUUAUGGUAAUAAAAUAUUUUCCAUUUUCCCUGUAUAGACAAUUGUUCCCUAAACUAUGUGUGCAUCUGCACGAUUUGUAAAUGUAAUAAAGCGCAGUGUCCAGAGGA